AUGGCCGGACCCGUUGGGUCUCCAUACGAGGGAGGACUGUUCAACCUGAUACUCUUUGUGCCGGAGAAUUAUCCGGUUUCCCCCCCAAGAGCACGUUUCCUAACAAAAAUUUUUCAUCCCAAUAUCGACAGGGAGGGAUACGUCCACAUGGAUAUUCUGAGUUGUAGUUGGUCGUCUGUUAUAAAGUUGAGAACAUUGCUUUUAUGCAUUAAAGGUCUGUUAGCACAUCCAAAUAUCAACAACGCUAUUGAGAACGUCGACUUUUGGAAGUCGAUGACAGAAGAAGCAACCGAACAGGCUAAGAAUUGGACGACAAAUUAUGCUAUGGCAUAG